AUGAAUAAUAACAAGCCAAAUAAACCAUUUACUUUUGGUUUCUCACAGAGCUCGUCCAAUAAAAGCACGAAAUCAGUAUUCGAUACUGGCGAUUCUCCUCGUCAUAAGCUUCCGCCAUUAGAUCAAUCUUCAGAAGAUGAAUUGCAACCCAAGAAACGAAAGCUCGUUAAAUUGGACGACGACGAGCCAUUAGAAAGCAGUAAAACGGAAAGCAGGUCAACUGCAGGAGAGCGGGAAUACAAAGAACACGAGUUUGUUGGUGAUCUUGAAGACGAUAGGCCAGCACAGCCGACUACCUCGACAGGUAUAAGGGGGUUUGUACCGCAGGGAUAUAGUGGCAGUAGGGGGGUAGAAAAGCCUGUCUCUACAAAAUUGACAGCUCCCAAACCAACAGCACCACGAGAGAAUGAGGACGAAGAAGAGGAUGAUCCAUUGGAUGCGUUCAUGCUCGAUAUAGAUAAUCAAGUGAAGAAGGAGAGUAUGGAAGAUUCUCAAAAGGAAAAGAUACGUAGGGAUGAUAUUGAAGACGAAGAUUAUGUAGAGAGUUAUGUCAAACACAUGAAAAAGAGAGGCAUUGAAAUUGGCAAAAGUCAGAAACAGACAAUAGAAAGGGAUGAGAACGUUGACUCGGAUGAAGAAGUUUAUGCAACGGCACGAGCUAUUGAUGCACAAUUAGAAUAUGAUUCAGAUGAUAACCUUAUCGUGGAACCGAAACGCAAGGAUAUUGAGCCUCUCUCCGCCGUUGAUCAUUCGCAGAUCGAGUAUCCUGAGAUUGAGAAAUAUUUCUACGAAGAGCAUCCUGAAAUUGCUGCAAUGUCGGAAGAGAAAUUGAGGCAGAUUAGAAAGGAUUUAGACAUGCACGUCUCUGGUGUUGAUGUUGCUAAGCCAUGCAUCGCAUUUGCACAUUUUGGUUUUGAUGAAGCAUUAGUGGAUAAUAUUGUCAAGCAUGGUUACAGCGAACCUACAGCUAUUCAGAAGCAGGCGGUGCCGGUUGCUCUCUCAGGAAGAGAUAUUAUUGGAAUAGCCAAAACAGGUUCUGGUAAAACAGCAGCAUUCAUAUGGCCAAUGUUGAUUCAUAUCAUGGAUCAACCAGAGCUUCAAAGCGGCGAAGGCCCGAUAGGCUUAAUUUUGGCACCCACUAGGGAACUGGCCGGUCAAAUCUACACCGAGGCCAAGAAAUUUGCCAAAUGCUAUGGUCUGAGAGUUGCAGCUGUGUAUGGCGGUGCUUCAAAAAUGGACCAAUUCAAGGAGCUUCGGCCAGGUGGAAUUGAGAUUCUUGUCGGUACGCCGGGACGACUUAUUGAUAUGGUCAAAAUGAAAGCAACCAACUUUCGUAGAGUUAGUUUCUUAGUACUUGAUGAGGCCGAUCGAAUGUUUGAUCUUGGAUUUGAACCACAAGUGCGUUCUAUUUGUGACAAUAUUCGACCAGAUCGACAGACAUUACUAUUCAGCGCGACAUUUCCCAAGAAAGUAGAAAGACUCGCGCGUGAAGUUACCACAGCACCAAUCCGGAUAAGCAUUGGCAACGUUGGACAGGCGAAUACGGAUAUUACUCAAGUAAUAGAAAUAGUGCCCGAUGAUGGAUACAAAUGGGGAUGGCUUAUGGCUCACCUGGUUUCGUUGUGUCUCGAGGGAAGCGUUCUUAUUUUCGUUAGUCGUAAGGGCGGUGUCGACGAACUAUCGAUGAAUAUCAAAGAGAAUGGUUAUAAAUGUGGUGCUUUACAUGGUGACAUGCUUCAAUAUGAACGAGACAAAGUAUUAAGAGAAUACAAGAAUAACGAGUUUCCCAUAUUAGUAGCAACAGACGUUGCAGCGAGGGGGCUUGAUAUUAAAUCUGUCAAGACAGUGGUCAACUAUGACAUAGCACGGGACAUUGAUUCGCACGUGCAUCGUAUUGGGAGAACAGGAAGAGCAGGCGAAAAGGGAACUGCAUAUACUCUGAUAACACAAAAGGAGGACAGCUUUGCUGCUCAGUUGGUUAGGAAUUUGGAAACUUCUGGACAGACUGUUCCUGAUAAACUACUGGAAUUGGCAAUGAGGAAUUCAAAGUUUAGGAAAUCUCGACAGAUGAUUCGUGGGGGCGGCCGUGGUCGAGGAAACAGAGGCAAAGGUAAACGUGGUAGAGACUUCGGAGGGCGUGGAGGGAUAGGCGCAACUGGUGCAAACGCUAUCCCACGGGGCAAUACUACUCGAUUGCCGACUCAAAUUCCUCCGCCUCCGCCUUCACAAAGCAGCGAGAGUAGUUACUCUAGUCAUGGCAAUGUUUCAAGCACUCAAUCGCGGUAUCAGAUAAGUUUUCAAAAAGCCACAGCUGCCGAGCCUGCGUUGGGAAGCUUGCAUACUGGCAGUCAGAGUGGGCAGAGCGGGCAGAAUGCAGGGUCUAGCUCUUCGGUCAAGAAGAGACGGUGGGAUUCGUGA